AUGGCAUUCGUCUUUCAACGCCUGUCAGGCCUGUUCGGAUCCAGUCGCAAACCUGCAGCCAGCGUCGUUAUUGACGCCAGCUCGAUUCAAGCACAGCAACCCGAGUGUUUCCCUGACAGCACCAACGGCAUCGUCACAUGGAAAACGCUGAUUUCAGCGCCCAAGACAGCCACAGACUCCCUCACGGUGGGCAUUGCGACAUGUCCACCGAGACAGGGACACUUGUGCCCUCACCGCCAUCAACAGGCCGAGAUCUAUCAUAUCACGAGUGGUCGAGGCGUCAUGGAGAUCGACGGCCGUGAGCAAGACGUAUGCGCUGGCAGCGUGGUCUAUAUCCCCGGCAAUGCUAGGCACGGCAUAAGAAACGACGACCCCGAGCAAGAACUGAAGUGGCUAUACGUCUUUGGCACGGAUAGCUUUGAGGAUGUGAAAUAUAGAUUCUAA